AAGAAAAUGAUGUCUUCGUGUAAUUAGUUUCAGUUCGCAAUUUCCUCGUUUCUGUUGUGCAUGUUUGUCAUUUUUUGUUUAAAAAUUAAAAAUCCUUCAAUUUAGUAAAAUGAAAAAUUAUUAUGAAUUAAUUUUGUUUUAUUUCAUCGUGCAUGUAACUAAAGGAUACACUCAAGACCUCUUGGAACUAAAUUGCAAUGUAAACUCGGACUGCAACCACUUUAAAGGACCCGAAUACAACACCACCUGCCUGGACGGGCAAUGUCUGUGCAGCAAUUUGAAUGGUGAAAGGAGGGCUUGCAAGCCACAAGACAACAAAUUGAACAAUUUUAUUGGAGGAACCUGUCCGUGCACAAAACCACAUUCCGUUUGCAAUCACGCCCAGUCCAUAUGCUAUUGCAAGGAAGACUUCGUUCCGAGCUUCGAUCGCAGGCGGUGCAUUAAGAAGAAUCUGGUCCUGGGGGAGCAAUGCGAGGACGACUCCCAGUGUCUGGGAAUGGACAGGUUCGCUGAAUGCCAUUUGGAGGAGAAGAAAUGCAUGUGCCAGAAGAAUUUCAUUGAUCACAGUGGAAUUUGUGUAUCGAUUGUUGGCCUCAAAAAUAGAUGCCUAGAAAGCCAGCAAUGUCUCAAUCAUACGGCCCAUUCAAUGUGCUACAGAAACACAUGUACCUGCAUAAAAGGAUACACAGCAUCGAAGGAUCUUAAAUGCCUUCCAUUUGCCGAUUACAAGGAAUCUUGUAAAGAGGACAAUCAAUGCAAGUACAAACUAGGAGCUGGCUCCGAAUGCUAUAUGGGAGAAUGUGCUUGUGAUUAUAAGCACUUUGUUUAUGAAACUGAAGAAUCCAAUGGACAGAGACAUAAUAUUUGUGAAAGGAGAAUAGUUUAUGGAGAUUAUUGUAGAGACCAUAACGACUGCUAUCAAUUUCAUCUCAAUGCUGAGCUUCAGUCUAUGGAAUGCUUUUUCGGUGAAUGUGGAUGUCGUUUUGGAUUUUAUAAUGUUAAUGGAGAGUGUUUUAGAAGUGGAGCACAAUCAACAACAAAGCUAUGUAAGCUUAUGGCAUUCUUAAUUCCAGUGAUUUCUGCUCUCUUCAUGCACUACAAAUAAUGAUUGUUUCGUUAUGUUUUCCUCUGAUCCAGUUUCACAAUGAGGAAUUGUUCCUUCAUCUUUAUAUACCUUACAUAUAAAAGUAGAAAAAUAGACGUCUUAUGUCCUUGGUUUAUGUAUAUAUAUCUUUUUUUAAUCUACGAGUCUUCCUGUCCGCAUGUAAGUGUACAUCGGAACGUGUAAUUACAAAUUGAACAAACGCAUUAUAAAGUUGGAAAAAAGUUCAUCUUUCAAAGUAAUUUACUAAAGGAUCAACAAUGACACAACGGCUAACAAUACUUUUGCGGAAAACUUGAAGUUAUUAUAUACCUAUGAUGUGUACAUAUUUUUGUCUUGUA